GAUCACCGCCUGACAACAAAAGUAAACAGACUUAUUUUGAUAUGUCGGAAAUCAGGCAGCUGCGGUACUUCUACUCUAUAAUGGAUUUCGUCUCAUUAUAACCAAACCUGAAUAGCAAAACUCAAAUACUCUGAACGGCAUUCUGAACGUUGUACUCAAGUUAUUUUAAAAAGUUAUAAAACGUCUGACUCUGUAUCUUUUUUAAUCAUUUCGUUGUACGUUAAAUCAACUACUAGCAUGCUAGUCGUCAACUGUGAUGUCGGCUAACGCAACAGAGCACAACACCCGGGAAAACAAGUGCAGUUGGUCGGCGGGAUCAGCUCUAAGUCAUGUUGGCACCGGGCAGAUAAAAGCGAUGAAACCCGAAGGUCAGCGUGUUGUCAUGGCUGAGGACGGAGCAAAGAGUGCGGUCGGAGGACGCGCUGGCUCGUCAGACUGUCCCGGCCGACAGAUCUUCAGGAGUUCAGCCCACUUUCGCAGCCUGCAGGACGGCCUGCUGUCGCUCAGACAGAUGGGGAUCCUGUUCGACGUCGUCCUGGUGGUGGAGGGUCGACCCAUCCAAGCCCACCGCAUCCUCCUGGCAGCCGCGUGCGAUUAUUUCAGGGGGAUGUUUGCCGGAGGCCUCCGGGAAACGCAGCAGAAAGAGAUUCUUAUUCACGGAGUAUCUCACAUGGCCAUGAAGAAACUACUCGACUACAUCUACACUGCAGAGAUUGAAUUAGACCUGGAUUGUGUCCAGGAAGUCCUGAUAGCUGCCACCAUGGUGCAGCUUGAAAGUGUCAUCGGCUUCUGCUGUGACUUCCUUUACUCCUGGCUGGAUGACAGCAGCAUUUUAGAGGUGCUCCAGCUUGCGGAUCUCUUUGAGCUGCAGCAGUUGAAAGACCGAGUCCGCUCCUACAUCCUCAACAACAUUCAAACUUUGUCUCGAAUGGAUGUGUACCGAAAGCUCCCUGAAGAGGAGAUCUUUAGAGCUCUGAGCAGUGACCAGCUUCAGGUGACCAGUGAAAACGAGGUGUACGAGGCGGCUCUUUAUUUUCACUUUAGUCCUGAGGAGGUGGAAGCUGAUAAGGUGCAUCUGCAGGUCAGUCUCAAGGACAACCUCAAGAUGCUUGAAGCUGUGCGGUUCUGCCUCAUUGAGAGACGAGUGUUGCAGAGACUGCACAGCAGGCUGGACCAGUGUCCUCUGAAGCAAUCGGUCUCAGCUGCGCUGCGGUACCAUGAGCAGGAAUUGUGGCAGCCUGUCCUGCAGAGUCCUCUCACGCAGCCCCGCUCCACCCUCUACUGUAUUCUGGGUUUUGGGGGGAUGUUUAGCUCUACCUCCCUCACAGACAAGAAAAACCUGUUUCAGGUGUUCCACCCGAGCUGGGGGGAGUGGAGGACUCUGCCUUCAGCUCAGUCUCCCCGAAUGUCUAACCAGGGGGUUGCUGUCCUGAACAAUUUUGUUUAUCUCAUUGGAGGAGAUAAGAACACCAAUGGAUUUCGUGCAGAAAACUGCUGCUGGAGGUAUGACCCACGUCACAACAGCUGGGCCUCCAUUCAGCCUCUGCAGCAACAACACGCUGACCACUGUGUUUGCGUGGUGGGGGGUCACAUCUACGCCAUUGGGGGACGUGACUACAGCUGUGAGCUGGACUCAGUGGAACGCUACGACCCCAGCACAAACAUGUGGCAAUUUGUCUCUUCUCUGAAGAGAGAGGUGUAUGCCCACGCAGGAGCAGUGGUGGAUGGGAAAAUAUACAUAACAUGUGGGCGUCGAGGAAUGGCGUACCUCAGAGAGACAUACUGCUUUGACCCUGCAGCCAAUCACUGGGCGGUGUGUGCAGAGGGACCAGUGGAGCGGGCGUGGCAUGGCAUGGCUGCAGUCAAUGGACGCAUAUAUGUUAUUGGGGGUAGUAACCAUGAGCGUGGAUAUCGCCGGGAUGUCAACAAAGUGGCGUGCUUUGAUCCUGCAGCCAACUCUUGGACUUUAGUUGCCCCUCUCCCCUCUGGACAUGGAGAGCCAGGCAUCGCCGUGCUCGACUGCCGCAUCUAUGUCCUGGGAGGCCGUUCGCACGACAAAGGCAGGAGGAUGAAAUAUGUGCAUGUGUACAACACGGAUGCAGAUGAGUGGGACGGUGAGACUGAGUUCAAAGAGCGCGUCUCUGGCCUGGCAGCCUGUGUGGCCCUCAUGCCCCCUGCUGUCAUCACACAGGCCAGUAGUUCGGAGCAGCGCAUCAAGGCAUCAUGGGAAGUUGUGGAUGUGUAUACAUCAGAGGACUCCAGUGAGGACUGAAGCAUCCACACAAACCUGAAUCAAACCAUAUUGAACUUAACUUCUUCAGCACACUGAUAAUGUCUGUGGAUCAUUAAAUUAACUGAAUGAGUUUAUGGCCUUAAGGACUCUCUUUUAGCUUUACAGCAGAUUCUUUCUUUUUUUCAUAUGCUAAAUGCUGGUUACACUAACAUUUCUGCUUUAUACUCAAAAGGUGCCUGCUUGUGCUCAGAUUAUUUCAGCUUAGAUCCUCCUCUCAGUUGAUUGAAGAUCAAAAACACUUGAAAGAGUGUUUUGGAACUUUAGUUCAAGUUCAUAUUUUUUUGUUACAAAUCAGAAUCAAGAUCCUCUCAAAUGCUAAAGUUUCGGGGUUUAUCUUUUUCUUUAUUUUCUUCUGCAUGGGACUGUGGGUACAGAUGUUUUCUAGCUGUCCAAUCACAUUAGUCUGGACUCCUGAGUGCAGCACUUCUAGGAACUACGCAGCAGAUUCAUGAUUUUGAACCAUCGUUUGUCUAACAGGGAAAUCUGUGCCUUUCUGUUGUUGCCAUUUUCUUUAAUCAGUGUUGUUUGUGAAGGUUGGAGUUGGAAUGACAGAGUGUUUUUGCAGGUCGUAGGUGUCAGGAUGGUGCAGUUUUUCCAAGUGACAAACAUACAUUUUAUUGAUGUUGUUUGUAAAUGAGAAUCUGUUUACCUUGACAGCGCUAACCGGUUACCAUUUCAUGACCAACGAUGACUCUGCAGCUCCUCAUUCUUUCCUUUUCAUAAAAAUCUUUUAAAAAAAA